AGUUCGAUUAAAGCAGAUGUCCACCAACUUCUGAAGGAAAUUUCAAGUCUAGAAGCUUUUACUUUACGCGUCAGUAUUAAUAUUGAAAACAGUUAAACCAUUUUUUUUCGGCUUUGGAUGCCUUUACUGCAAAUUACUCGGACACGUUGACGGAGCAACGCUCCACAGCGCUUUUUCAAGUGUUGUCCUGGACCUGAAGUUGGCGAAUGGAUGCUCGACAGCCAGCCAUAAAUAACCUGCCAAACGUUACAGUCUACAGCAAUUUCUACAUUUUUUGAGGAUCUAUUCACAUUUUUGCAAAGCGGGGAACUGUGUUUGUUGAAGAGGAUGAUCCCGAUGGCCCAUUUGUUGUGGUCGGAUUUUACUUCCAGGGAGGAUAAAAUGAAUCAACGAUUGUCAUUCCUCCUCGCGAUUUAACGUUAGUUUCAGGCAGCAAAGCUAGCGUUAAGCUAGCUCCACUUGGCUCUCAAAGGGACGCUUAGUUAGGCAUGCCCCAUUGUACAUCAUUUACUUACUAUCCAAAAUAGGGGUAAUUUCUAUAUGUGAAGGAAAAUGGUGAUAUUUGUGGUAUUUUAUCCCGCCGUCACUGCGUCGUCGAUGCUAUUGCUAGGAUUUGGAUCCCCGUGAGGAAAAAAUGAGUGAAGAUUCAACAAAUCCAAACAACGAUGACAGUUAUGCGCGUGUGAGAGCAGUGGUCAUGACUCGGGAUGACUCCAGUGGUGGGUGGCUUCCCCUGGGGGGCGGAGGCCUUAGCUGUGUCACCGUCUAUAAGGUCAGCAGGGCGGAGGACAGCGGCAGCAUCCACAGUGGAGGCAGCGGAGGAAGCAGCAGCAACCUCAGCCCCUGUAGCUCCAGUCCUAGUCCCAGCCCCAGCCCCAGCCUCAGCCCCACCGCUGUGGAAUUUCACAUCAAGGGCGAGAGGCUCAAAGACAAAUUGGUGGUGCUGGAGUGUGUCCUGCAGAAAGACCUAGUAUACAACAAGGUCAACCCCAUCUUCCACCACUGGAGGAUCAACAACAAGAAGUUCGGGCUGACUUUCCAGAGCCCUGCUGACGCCCGUGCUUUUGACCGGGGCAUACGUCGGGCCAUUGAGGACAUCAACCAAGGUUUUCGGCCGUUUGGGGAAGGGGAUACUCCCGAGGAUGGACUACCGGUGUGUGAUGAGCCUCCCUCCAUCUGUACCCCAAUGAAAGAGCCCUUCUCUCCCCUGAACCACGUCGUCUCCACCGAGCCAUUCAGGGGCUGCUACGUCCGUGCCCAACCCUUCGACGAGUUUCCUUCCAGCAACCGCCGCUACCUGCCUCCACAGGUCUCCUUUAAGUCGACUCGUCAUGUCAGUUUUCACAUGGACGAAGAGGAGAUUGUUCGCAUCAACCCACGCAAAGACGUGCUCAUCCGCGGCUAUGAGGACUACCGCCACCCUGUCAUGUGGAAACAGGAGGCCGACCGCGAGGACAUGGACUUCCCCACCGCCUUCCACAAACUGGACAGUAAGAAGUGCGAGUACCUCUUUCCCGACGGCCCGUGUGGGGACUCCCACUCUGGCCCUGGUAUGGGCAUUGGAACAAGUAUGGGUUUGGGUCUGGGCAAGGACACAGCCAUCAAGACUCAGCCCUCGCCAUUGCUCAAGUCCAAGAAGGGCCGGCGGCGGCGAGAAGACGGCGAGCGUUCGCGCUGCAUCUACUGUCGGGAGAUGUUCAACCACGAAGACAACUGGCGGGGGCAGUGCCAAGACGCCCCCGACCCGAUCAAGCAGUGCAUCCACAAAGUCAGCUGCAUGCUGUGCGCCGAGAGCAUGCUGUACCACUGCAUGUCCGACUCCGAGGGCGACUUCUCAGACCCCUGCUCAUGUGACACAUCUGACGAGCAGUUCUGCCUGCGCUGGCUGGCCCUGGUGGCGCUCUCCUUCAUCGCGCCCUGCAUGUGCUGCUACCUGCCUCUGCGCGCCUGCCACCACUGUGGCGAGGCCUGUCGCUGCUGCGGGGGCAAGCACAAGGCCGCGGGGUGACCCGACAACGGACUCUGGGACACCCUCAAAGCUAGCUAACACAGGAAGUGGAUAAAAGCGGAAAAUUAAAAAGCCGGCAUCCUUUUUUCAUUCCCCUCUCAGACGGGGUGAUAUGUUGUUGAUCCCCAGCUCUGAGGGCUUUUGGAGAUUUCAGUUUGUGUUUGUCGCCGACAAGCAGCAGUGGAGGACAAACCAUAUGCUUUGUGGGAGCUCUGAGCAUCAAGCUAAGUUCAGGAGCUUAAUCUGAGGAGAAGAGCAGGAGGCAGCGUCAAGAUUAAUAGACUUGGAGAUGUUACUAAACACACCUGUGUACACACACACACAAUACACACAUACACACACACACACACACACACACACGCACACACCCCUAUCUCUUACAUUCGCACUCAUGCAUUGACAAAAGCCAGGCCACAAAUGUCAGAACUCUACUACAAGAAAUGUGUAACUUUAUGAAGGAAAUUGUCUUUUGUACAGAGAGCGACAACUUAAUGACAAAAAAAGAAAACAAAACUAUUCUGCGUUCAGAAAAAAUACUUGCUGUUUGAGUAUGCUAAAAGGGAUAUGUUCUUGCUUUUUUGUGAAUUUACAGUUGGGUAACAGUGGCCUUUCCUUCACGGCUUAAGCAUUUGCUGACAAUGUAAUUACUAGACAGAGAAAAGUGCACUAGAAAUGGUAUUCCCCCGAGUAAAGGUAACCCCUCUCAAAUUCUCGUGGUACAUUAACCACCAUAUGUAGUGUAAUUUUAACAUUUAAGAGAUGUUGCUGUGGUGGAUGUAUCGCCAAAUUCCUUGUUUUUUUUCCUUUCCAUCGAAUGUUGGAAAAAAAAAAUCAAAAAGGUAACAUCUUGUUUUUGAAGGUACAGCUUUAGGUAUGGCUUUUUGACAUUCAAUAAGAAGACGUUAAAAUGAUAACCUCGCUUUCCCCGAGGUGAUUUAGACCAUUUGAUUGCAUUCCAAAAAAUAAAGGGAUCGAUUCCGUGAUUAGAAGGGAAAUGAUGGCAAAGACUUUACCGUGCCGAUGUUCCCCAAAAUAGGUUUUUUUCCAACGUCAUGAAAAAUAGUAUUAGAACUUCUUGAAGCCAAUACAUGACAAUUCCAUUUACUCCAGUGAAUUUCAGUUUUAGUCCAGUUAUUUACUGCUGUCGUAAAAUUGGUGUUUUUUGUUUCUUAUUUGUUAUUUUCCUGCUCAUUUUCUAAUUAUUUUUUAAACAAAAGGCUGAAAUGUUGCUCAACCAGCAAGUUUUGUUUCGGUGAGUAAAGGGGUUUCAGUGCUCCUUGGUUAAAUGAUGAGGCACUUAAAUUAGGUUAUUCUUUUAUUUAGAAUUCCUCAGAUUAAAAAUGUUUAGUCUGUACAUAUAUUUGACUAAUUUAACGUUCAAUUAAGCGUUGGGGGGGGGGGGAAACCCUCCUGAAAGCACUGCUCUCCCAAGCUUUGGUUGCAGCACCCUCUCCAAAUUUCCAUGUUUGUCCCAUGAAUCAGUUUUUCUUUUUGUUUUCUUUUUUAUUUCCCCCUCAUAUCCUGUGUAACUGUAGUAUUUCUUUGUUCCUCAAAAGGUCCACUCCUUCCGUACGUCUUCAUCUAACAGGCCCUGGAUGAAUGAAUGCAUUGUUUCAGGAAUGCUGAGUAUCUUAGCUAUUAAAAAAAAACAUACAGGUGUGAUGUAUGUAUGUGUGUGUGUGUGUGUGUGUGUGUGCGUGCGUGUGCGUUUGCGUGUGUGCAUAGGUCUUCAUAUGCACUGUUGAUUUGGUGUCGUGUAACGUCACCACUGACUAUGUGAUUAAGGCUUUGGCUUGUAACAGCGUCCUGUUUCCCGAAGCUUCUUUGUCUGUUGAACAAAGAGACGAUCGAACUGUUAAAGGAACAGUUCGACAUUUUGGGAAAUUCGCUUCUCUGCUUUCUUUUUUUUUUCACGAAGGUUGGAUGAGAAGAUCAAUUCAAGCGUCUUAUCUGUAACUGUCUUUUGUUAGCUUAGCAUAACAACUGGAAACGGUUAUCCUUGGCUCUGUCCAAAUGUAACAAACUCUGUCUACCAGCACUUGUAAAGUUUACUGAUUGACAUGUUAUAUCUCAUUUGUUUAAUUUGUUCAAAAACUAAAGUGUAAAAAUGAUAAUUUGCAGUUUUACUGCGGGACACGGGUGGGACUAUUUCUGGGAUGGACUCAGUGACUAUCUGGAGUCCUGUUGUCACCACGAGGUCACUGAGCCGAGCCAAGAAAUAGUCCCACACACACAACCCCUCCUUAAAACCGCACUUUGUCAUUGUUACACUUUGUUAAAUAGUGAGCUUUACUGGUGGCGGUAGGAGAAUGUUGUUACCAGGUUAGCUGUUUGCAGCCUUAAUGCUAAGCUAAGUGAAGCAGCUGUUGGCUUCAUAUGUAAUUGGCUAUAAUAUGAGGGCGGUAUCAAUCUUCUUAGCUAACUCUCACAAAAGAAAGGAAUUAAGCCUAAUUCCCAAAAAUGUCAAACUACUUCUUUAAGAUCUUGUCGGAAACAGGGAGUCUAGUUGUGUUUGAAUCCCAUUUCCCACCCAAAAAGAGAAGAACAGUUAUAAAUUGAACAUGUUUGGUCACAAAACCCUUGUUGACUCAAACUAGUCCGAACAAACAACAAACUCCCAACAGUAAUAACAGUUCAGUUUGGACGUCCGGCUGCAAUAACUGAUGCAAUUAUAAUUUAACUAAAGGCAUUAGCAUGUUUGAAAUGAGUGCCACUUGUAAUUCCCCUUUAGUGUUUUAACUGCAGAUUUGAUACAACAUCCAUGUGCUGUUGCUAACAGAUAUGCAUCUCCUCUCACCUCCUGUCACUCCUGGUUUAAAAGAAAUAAUGUAGUAACACCUACACGCCAAGACUGGAUUACAGGAGAAACAUUUAUUUUCCUAAUUCCGCCCCGACUAACGCUCCCUUUACUUUCUAUGCAAACUUUCUAACGUGGGAAACACAUUGACCUCUGUGCAGGCUGAGUCAGUGAUGGGAUAGGACACUUUAACGCUAUAUAUAUAUGUGUAUAUAUAUAUAUACACAUACAUAUAUAUAUAUAUACAUAUAUGUAUAUGUAGAUGCCCAACCAGUGGUACCAAACUCCAAACAACCUGUAAAUACUUAACACUAUAUUUAAGUUCUGAUAAUAAUCCCAGCUUUUUUUUUUGUCUUUGAAAUGUUAAAGAUAGAGCUGUAUUUAUCGUUGCUGUCAGCAUAUACUGUAGCUUCAAUUGACAGCAUUAUGUACAUAGGUCACCUUUUAGUAUUAUUUCACAUUGAAAAGUAGAGGGCGUUUGUGAUGGAAAUGACUAUUGAGCUUCUAAUAGAGUUUCUCUCUAGUUUUGUACGGUAGAAGGAAGGAUAGUGCUAACACGGUACAGUAGUGGCAGUCCACUUGUUUCAAAAGUUUGAUAUAUAAAUAUAUAUAUACAUACAUACAUAUAAAGCUGCUAGAUACAAUCACUAAUUUUAUUACGUUGACAGAGGAAAUCAGCUAUGAACGACUGUUAAACCCUAAUUCUCCAACAGCAUAUAACCAUGACGGUGAGUUUUUAAAUGUUUGAUUGCUCUGUGUGAUGAAGUGGACACUUGUGCAUGUGUGUGGGUGCGCGAGUGUCACUAUAUACGUGCGUUCUUGUGUGCCCACGAGUGAGUGUGUGUAUGUGUGAGUGUACUGUGUGCGUGCGUAUGUUGGUUUUCAGUGUGCUGGCUGUGUGUGUGUGUGUGUGUGUGUGUGUGUGGGUUGGUGUGUAACCAAAUGUUUGGUUGUGUCAUAUUCUCCCAUUGUAAUUGGAUUGCCCUGCGUUAUUGCAAGCUGAACCAAGGUUUGAUGAACCUGAUUAAAACUUGCUGGCUGAGAAGCAAAAUGUAGGACGUGCAUUUAUACAAAGUGUAGAGAAUGCUGAAAUAACACUUCUCAUUCUGCAUUAACCAGCACAGUGCAACUUCCUGUCAUGUACUGUAUUAUAUAUGCAACAUGUGUCUGUCUGCUUUAAUAUAUAUAUUUUUUUGACCUGCAUUAUAUAAGACUUCAGUUUUAACCACUUUGCUGCUAGUCUUUUAUCCUCUUUCAAUCUUGGAAAAUUGUGCAUAUCUUUUGGGAAUGCAUACAAGUGUACAUUCUUGACAUUGUGUAGAUUAAAAAAAGAAAAAAGCUAUAUAAACCUGUUUCUCUUCAGUGUAUUGUUUUUAAAAAGGUUACUUUUCACAGCAGUUGAGUGGUUAUGUUUCAAUUCUCCGAUGCUUUGGUGCACUGAUGAUACUAUAUGUAAGCUUUUUUUCAUCUUACAGCGCUUGAUGUAACAUUUAUGUGAUUAGUUCUAAAUAGUGGAAGACAUUUGUGUUUUGAAACUUGCAGUAUAAAUGGUACUACUCUUAACUAUUCUGUAAACACUGCCUGUUUUCUUUCUUUUUUUCUUUCUUUCACUCUCUUUGUGCAUAUUUCUUUCCUGUGCAUCUUGUUUUUUUUCUUGAAGUUUCUUAAUGCCAUCGGCUUUCACAUCCUGACAACCUCAAAAAAGUGCCUCACGUCCAUCCUAGUUUCCAUUUUAUAAUUUAACAUCUAUCGUUUCGGUUCUAUUGGUUUCUACACUAGGUUUUUCUUAUCAUGGUUCGAGAAUACCAAGUAUAUGAUUUAUAGUCCCAAUAACUCAUGUCAUAGUUGUAUUUUCUUUAUACAGAUGUAGCUCGUUACUUUUCAUAAAUAUAUAAUGUAAAUAUGCAUACAUAUGUUUGUAACUGUUUUUAUGUUACAUCAUACACUUGUAAUUUGACAUAUCAAAUAACAUUAUCAUAAUAAAAUGGUGAGUUUUAAUCUUU